AUGGCGUGUUGUGAUGUGCCCUGCGCUCAGCUCCUCGGUCCAUCCACCAGCACAUCUCGCGACAAUGUGCUCCGUGGAGCACGUGCUAAAUGCCUGACACGGGCCGGAUGCAUUGCUCUCAGCGGGCAGGGCCGCGAGCGCCGCGCGGCAGCUUCUGGAAAGCGCAUCGAACUGAAGUGGCUGAUGGGUGCAGCACAAGUGUCGAUGCAUGAGCAAGGAGGGGCUGCCAACACGGCUAAUCUCCGUCGCCCCUCCAAGGGUGCUCGACCUCUCGACGUCGCUGUGGAGACUGCUGAGGUUCGAGGUUCGGUUUUACGGUCGCUGCUGGGAGGGCCCGUCGAGAACAUUACACGACCAGCGACAGUCGUUGUGCGCCGAGUUGCGAUUGCCACUCGUAUUGCCUCGACUGACUCAACCGCUCGACUGAGCAGGCUCGGACGAGCCAGCAACGGUCGUAGCUUCCCUCCUCCACGUUCGUCUUCGGCAGGAACAGCACUCCGCAGCGUCCUCGUCUCGACGUACAGCGCGUGGCAGCUGGUUACGCAUGGCACAGACGGGCAUUUGAUGAUUGGCUACACAGCCGCGAGUGCGACGGAAGACGUGCGGAAGAGCUCGCGAAACUUACCAUCCGACCGGCAACGGCCGCAGUCAUCGACACCCAAGAUCGUAGCGAGCCCACAAUAA